CUCCGCUCGCUCGGGGCACCCGCAACAAGUGGCCGCCGCGCCCUCCCCGGGGAAGCCGCGGGCGCGCAGGGGCGUCGAGAGGAGGCGGCCGAGCGGGGGAGCCCCGGCCGCCCGCGCGGCUCAGCCCCACCGCAGAGGGAUCCGGGCGGGCGGAUGGGGACCCGGCGGCGGCGGCGCGGCGAGCCUCUGGGCGGCCCCGGGGCGCGGGCUCUCCGCCGCGCUGCGCCCGCCGGCCCCGAACGCGGAUUCUAAGAGCGGCGGCUGCCCCCGGCCCCACCCGGAGCCAUCGGGGGUGCCAGGCGGGGACCGAGCGCCCCCUCCCAGCGGAGUGCAGGGGCCGUCCCCGGUCGGAGCCCGGCCCCGGAGCGUGGGGUAUGCGCAGCUAACGGUCCCGUCGGGCGGGCUUUCCUCCGGUGGAGCGCGCAGGCGGUGCGCCCCAGCUAUGGAGUGUCCGGGGAGACGGCGGGCAUGACGGCGGCAGGAUGGGCGCGAACAAUGGCAAACAGUACGGCAGUGAGGGCAAAGGCAGCUCAAGCAUCUCAUCCGACGUGAGUUCAAGUACAGAUCACACGCCGACCCAAGCCCAGAAGAAUGUGGCUACCAGUGAAGACUCCGACCUGAGCAUGCGCACACUGAGCACGCCCAGCCCAGCCCUGAUAUGUCCCCCGAACCUGCCCGGAUUUCAGAAUGGAAGGGGCUCGUCCACGUCCUCGUCCUCCAUCACCGGGGAGACGGUGGCCAUGGUCCACUCCCCGCCCCCGACCCGCCUCACCCACCCGCUCAUCCGGCUGGCCUCCAGACCGCAGAAGGAGCAGGCCAGCAUCGAGCGCCUCCCGGACCAGUGCAUGGUGCAGAUCUUCUCCUUCCUGCCCACCAACCAGCUGUGCCGCUGCGCCCGCGUGUGCCGCCGCUGGUACAACCUGGCCUGGGACCCGCGGCUCUGGAGGACUAUCCGCCUGACGGGCGAGACCAUCAACGUGGACCGCGCCCUCAAGGUGCUGACCCGCAGGCUCUGUCAGGACACACCCAACGUCUGUCUCAUGCUGGAAACCGUAACUGUCAGUGGCUGCAGGCGGCUCACGGACCGAGGGCUUUACACCAUUGCCCAGUGCUGCCCCGAACUGAGGCGACUGGAGGUCUCGGGCUGUUACAAUAUCUCCAACGAGGCGGUCUUCGACGUGGUGUCCCUCUGCCCCAACCUGGAGCACCUGGACGUGUCAGGGUGCUCCAAAGUGACCUGCAUCAGCUUGACCCGGGAGGCCUCCAUUAAACUGUCCCCCUUGCAUGGCAAACAGAUUUCCAUCCGCUACCUGGACAUGACGGACUGCUUCGUGCUGGAGGACGAAGGGCUGCACACGAUCGCGGCGCACUGCACGCAGCUGACCCACCUGUACCUGCGCCGCUGCGUGCGCCUCACCGACGAGGGCCUGCGCUACCUGAUGAUCUACUGCACGUCCAUCAAGGAGCUGAGCGUCAGCGACUGCCGCUUCGUCAGCGACUUCGGCCUGCGGGAGAUCGCCAAGCUGGAGGCGCGCCUGCGGUACCUCAGCAUCGCCCACUGCGGCCGGGUCACCGACGUGGGCAUCCGCUACGUGGCCAAGUACUGCAGCAAGCUGCGCUACCUCAACGCGAGGGGCUGCGAGGGCAUCACGGACCACGGCGUGGAGUACCUCGCCAAGAACUGCACCAAACUCAAGUCCCUGGACAUCGGCAAGUGCCCGCUGGUCUCCGACACGGGCCUCGAGUGCCUGGCCCUGAACUGCUUCAACCUCAAGCGGCUCAGCCUCAAGUCCUGCGAGAGCAUCACGGGCCAGGGCCUGCAGAUCGUGGCGGCCAACUGCUUCGACCUCCAGAUGCUCAACGUGCAGGACUGCGAGGUGUCCGUGGAGGCCCUGCGCUUCGUGAAGCGCCACUGCAAGCGCUGCGUCAUCGAGCACACCAACCCCGCCUUCUUCUGAAGGGGCCACGCCCCCUCGCCGCACUGCGCAGGCGCCCCGCUUGCGCACGGAGCGGCGCGUCUCCUAAAAGCGGCGUCUGUAAGCACCGCCUCCCACUGGCUCCUCACAGCCCUUUGCUUUCUGGAAGGUCCUUAAGGAUCUGGCUUUCUUUUUCCUUAGAGCUCGUGGGCAUCAGGGGGCACCGAAAGGAAGGGGGAGCUGUGCCGGUAAACUGGUUUUGGGGGUCAGGUCAUCUGUAGGCAGUUUCUCUUCUCCCAAAAGAGGUACCUCAGAAAGCCGGUGGCGGUGUGUUUGAGAACGCCUCUUUCUGUCUCCGCUCCUGGUGGCAUCCCGGGCUUGUGCCCGCACACACCGUGUCCCCACUCCCCCCCCCCCCACCCCCUCCCUGGCCGACAGCAACCACACAUUCAGGCUAAUGAUGCUCUCCAAACCUCCUCCUCUUUAAACUGCUCGAUUGGCCUAAACCGCACUCAUCAAUCCCGCGCCCAGGCAAAUUCUUGUUAAAUAAAUGUCCUAGCACCGGGUACAUACAAAGUGCUUCCAACCAUUUUCUAAAGAAUCGCUUGUGGCGAGCAGCACUGUGCAGGAGGAGACCUGAUUCUCACCCCCCGGCUCUGCCACGACAUAGCUGUGUGACCUUGGGCAAGUCACUUGACCUUUCUGGGCUUUGGCUUCCCACACUGACUCAGAGGCCAUCCAGCUCGAGGAUCCGCUUCAGACCCAUUUUAGAAUUGAGAGAACAGAGAUUGUCAGUAAGCAGCAGCGCCUUUACCUACAGCGUACGAGGCAUCUACCUCUUCCAAGAGUGUUGGUUCUGCGGGUGCUUUCAGGAGAUUGGGAAGUGCCAGCAUGAAUGUCCCAUAUGUCCUUCAACAACGAUCUGAAUGUCACCCCAACCCCGUUUCUUUUGAUGGGUGAGUCUCUGGGGCACCUACUCCUGCCCCAUUAGGUGGAUGGUUCCUGUGACAAGCGCUUCCCGCGCUACCCGAUCCCACACCGUCUUAGCAGGCCGUGGACUGUCCGCGCACAGCACACACCACAGCCCCAGUCAAGGGGAUCUUGCUGAGCGUUUUCACAUAGGAAGAUAGACCCUCACGAUUUUUAAUUAACAAGGGAGGCCCAAGAGAACACAUGUCUUCCAAGGGUUUUCCCUCCUGUCUCAGUGCACAUGUGGCAUGCAGCAGACACAUCUGCCCCGCAGCUGGCAGAAGCAGACGUGUUGGUUCUUUGUCAUUCCGAUCACAUUUCCACUUUUCUCAUCUAUUUAUUUCUCUGUGCAUACAGACUCCAUCCCGUGAAGCCUGUUGGGCUUAAGUCCUAAGUGUUUAACGGCGCAGAUCACCACCUCGAGUGCCUCUUCCUGUGGCUAUCUGCACGUUCUCUGUCAAAGAGCACACAGCAGACUUUCAGGUGUUUAAAGACCGUUCACUCACAAAUGCCAGGCAAAUGGAAGAAGGAGCACACUGAUCACACUGAGGCGCUGGCCCACGAACCAGGCCCUUGGAAUAGAACAUUAAAAUCCUUGCCAACUAUGCAUUUUAAAUGGCCCUGUUUGGAUGGGAAUCCAUUUGCGUGAAAUCGGGUCGCCAGAAGAAAGUCCACUGCUCAUUUUCAUGAAAUUGGGUUGCCUUUUGUUAAUAAACACAUGACUUUCCCACAUUGUUCUCUGGCCACACCUCUCCCUCAUCACUGUUCAGUCAUCCACUGCUUUCUCAAAGGGUCCAGCAGCCAAACCCGAACCUUUGCAUCUCCAAGCCAAGUAGAUGGAAUUGGUUGCAGAUUAAGUUCACACACAACUCGACAACUGCAUUCCCACUGUAGGCUCCCUGCGUUUGUUUGUCCUGUGUGGGGAAGGAGGAGAUAGAGUGAGGUGGCGUACGCCCAGGAGGUUUCUUUCCUGCAUCCUAUGGCACAGAUCUCCUCUCCAGUCAACAUCUUCAACAACUUAGUGUGCAAUCACAACUAUGUGCCAUGGGGGGAGGUGAACUACUUGGCUGGGGAGAGUGUCUUGUGAUAGUCGCAGUGUUUAGAACCAUGAAAGAGGUUGAAGGUAGCGUUCUCAUGCUCUGUGACUUGUGACCAUGUCUAACAUUUAAGGAGUUCAGAGUCACGAGGAGUUGAGAGUCACAAGGAUUAGCACUGGGGUCUUCAAGUGGCAAAUUUUCAUACUCUGGGAAUGAGAAGAGAGAUCCGAAAUGGUGCCCUGAACCAGAGAAGGGGUGUCCCAUUACAAAUACCUUUAUUACCACCACCUGACCACAUCGCCUAAACUGUCUUCCACACAUGAGACAAAGCUGAUUUCCAUACUCAUUGCCCAGCCCAGGCUGUCUCUCAUAGUCUCUCCCUUUGCCCCAGCCCUUUCUUCAGCCACUCUGUCCCACCCCACCCACCCCACCCACCUUGGGAUAUGAAUCUAUGGUGAAGGUCACUGGGGAAACAGCUCAGCAGAUUUUUAGAGACCAAGCAAAAUGUCUCACUAGGAAAUUUAUCCAUUUUAAAACAUUGCUUCCUUCCUGCCUCUGCAAAAUUGAAUGCUCAUUGUUUUCUUGUUGUUGUUGUUGUUUUUAUUUCUAAUGUUCAAUCACUGCGUGCUGUAUGACUCUAGAAAGCCUUAAUUUACUACCACCAAGAAAUAAAGCAAUAUGUUGGUAA